AUUUGAAUAAUUAUGGCAGCAAACGGACCUACCAACUUUGCCGACGACGGAAGAGAUGUCAUCGAAAGACAAAUUGAAGUCAAGAGUGAAAAACAUAAAAACAUUACAGAAUUGUAUGAGAUCGAUCGUACUGUUACUCGAAUCUUGGAAGGGGGCUUUAAGCGCAUUGCCCUACAAUUCCCGGAUGAGUUUUUGGCAGACGCAGCCGCUGUCUCCAAGGAAUUGGGAGAAAAGACCGGAAACGAUAUAUUUAUUCUGGCUGAUACCUCAUACGGUAGCUGUUGUGUUGACGAAGUUGCAGCUGAACAUAUUAGCGCAGACUUGAUUGUUCAUUACGGAAGAUCUUGUUUAAGUCCUACUUCUCGUUUACCAGUGUUAUAUGUAUUUGGUCAGCAGCCUGUUGAUCUGGAACACUGUAAGAAUGAAUUUAAAAUGAUGUUUCCUGACAAAUCAACACCCGUUAUUAUCAUGUGUGACGUUGAAUACUCUUAUGCUACCGAAAGUUUGACAGCUGAAUUAGCAAAAACCUACCAACAUAUUAUACCAACCAUUAUCCAAACCGAGUCAAAGUUACAGACAACAUUAGAUAAGACAACGAAAAGACCUGCAGCUGGCGGAUGUUGUAGCCGGGAUGAUACAAACAACAGAUCUUGCUGUAGCAGCCAAAAGGUCGAAAUCAAAGAGAAAUGUUGUGGUCAAAACAAUUGCGACCAGACAGAGGAGGAGGAGGAGGAGGAGGAGGAUAUGGACAGUGAAGAAGAGUCAACCAUCAUUCCUCCAUCUGCACCUAUAGAAAACGUCGACGAAUUAAAGGCAGAAAUGAAGCGAGGCGGCCGUUACUUUGAGUUGCCUGAAAAUAUUUCAAUGGAAGAUUGUUCCAUAUUUUUCAUCGGAACCGAAAGUUUGACUUUGACAAAUAUUAUGAUGGUGCACAACAAAUGCCCUCUUUUUACAUAUGACCCGAAAUCUAAAAUAGCAAGACAAGAAUCUGUCCAAGUGAAUAGAAUGUUAAUGAAGAGAUAUGUCCUCGUACAAAAGGCAAAGGAUGCAGAUACUAUUGGUAUUGUUGUCGGUACUUUAGGUGUCGCUUCGUAUUUAAAUAUUAUCGAGCAUUUGAAGAAGGUCAUCAAAGCUUCUGGCCGUAAAUCGUAUUUUUUUGUCAUGGGAAAACUAAACGUGGCCAAAAUGGCCAACUUCAUGGAAGUAGACUGUUACGUGUUAGUGUCAUGUCCUGAAAAUAGUUUGAUUGAUUCCAAGGAGUUUUACCGCCCAAUUAUAACACCUUUUGAAUUAGAAAUUGCUCUUAUCAGGGAUAUGGAAUGGACCGGAAACUAUAUAACUGAUUUCUCUAAGCUUCUACCUCAAUUGCGUUCUGACGAUUUCACUUAUGACGAGGAGAAAGAUGACAAUGCAUCCAGUGAUGAAGAGGCUCAUUUCUCCUUGAUUACAGGACAGUACAAAACAGGUCCUUUCCACAAAGCUGGAGGGGCUGCUAAAGAUGAUUCAGGUGAAGUCUUAACAAGUACAUUGACAGAUUUGACAUUAAGAAACAAGGAAACAAGCAUAUCCAUGCUUUUAAAUAGUACUGCAGGAGAGUACCUUAAGAAUAGAACUUACAGAGGUUUGGAAGCUAAUGUCGGUGAAGACGAAGCAGCAGAUAUUCAAGAGGGUCUUUCAGGUAUCGCAAGAGGAUAUGUUUAUGAGAAGGAGGACGGCAACGACGAAUAGAUUAGUUUUCCUCUAAUAUUUGUGUAAAUAAUAAUAAAAAAAAAAUUCUGAAAAUGGUGAAAUGAACUUUACCUUUUCACUAUUACUAUGACU